AUGGAAGUGUAUGAAGGAAUGGGUCUAAUUGAUAUGUUGUGUCAAAAACCUGAUGUGAUAAAGUAUAAUGGACACCGAAUUGGGACACCCCAAAAAGUUAUAGAAAAUAUGGAACCAGCAUGUACGAAGAUCAGAGCAUCGCGACCAGACGCUUCGGUGUCAGCAACGCGCUCUUUUGCGAAGGCCAGUGCGCUCGAGAUGGUGUCGAAAUACGUCACUCUCCGGCCACGAAGUUCCCUUCCUUCGAAGGAGGGCCGCACGUGGACCCCGUGGUACAGCUGCCGGAAGCUCUCCUUCCAGGGGUUGGCGUCGCCGCCCUCCGGGUCGUGGAAUUCGAAGGCGCAGGGCUGCGGGUGGAGCAGCGGGCGGUCGUAUUGGAAGACCUGCUUGUACAGCCGCCGCCACAGAUCCGGGUCGUCCGCGAGCUCCCGCAACCGCCAGCACACUUGCGCCACGCGACACAGGUCCUGCUCCAGGAGCAAAAGGAAGAUGGGGCGCAGGACGUCCUCCGGGAGGUCGUACAGGCGCAAGUCGCAGGGAAUGCCGGGGGCGCAGGGGACAUUAGCGCCGGAGGAGCUGCGGGCGCCGCUGGAGGUGGAGGGCGGGCAGCCCGCUUGGCCAGGGGCGGCGGUGUGGGCGGCGUUUGCGGCGUUUGCGGCGUUUGCGGCGUUUGCGGCGUUUGCGGCGUUUGCGGCGUUUGCGGCGUGGGCGGCGUGGGCGCCGGCCUGCUCAUCCCGCGUAGUCCCCAUGCGAGCUUCCUUAGGGGUUAAGGUCCCGCUGUCGCUGUCCACCGACCCCACCCUCUUCAUGGCUGCUCGCGCUGCCGGCUCGAUCUGGAUCUGCGCACCACACCACACACUCCGUUACACGACGUCGUGGAAUCCAGUGCUGGGAAAUCCAAUGCUGGGAAUGUUUGCUGACGGAGAGAAAUUUUCAUCAGCACCAUCUGCUGAAAUUAGAACUUCGCCGCAACUGUCAAGCCCGACCCUUUACAACAAUGGAAAAUACCAAUCUAUUGGCAUAAAUGGUUUGGCGGCAUUCCAAAGAGAUACAAGAUUCCAAAGACCAUCUGCUUCGUUACUCGAAGAUCCAGGUGCUGAUAAGAAUGUUGAAGAGGCACAGUGGAUGGAAAUCAUCUUCUGUAGCAGAAGGAUAUUGGAAACAUCAAAGCCUCCUCCCUUGAUUAUGGUGUUAUUAAAAAGGGUUUGUGAAGAAAUCCCUCGCCCCAACCAUAACGCAGUCUUCGACAUUGUUCGCAACAGGAAAGUAACUCGAUGGAGAGAAGAAGCAACCCUAGCGGCAGCCAAGGACACGACUUUAGAAGUUAGAAGAGUGAACGUGAUGACACCCAUUCAAAGAACAGUUGUAAUAAACUGUGAUAAUUAUGAGCAGCCUAGGCCAGACUCCACAGCACAGGAAUGA